UCCACUUUCUCAUUCCACCCACGUACAAAGGCAAGGGAGAGUAAAGUGAAGCAAACCCACUAGGGUUUUAGACAGUCAUAGAGAGCGGGAGGGGGAUUUAGAGUUAGGUUUUUUUGUUAUUAGCUACCAAGAAAAGCAUGGUGGCAGACCAGAGCAAGAAGACCAGACUAGAAGAAGAAAACGCCGAGCAAAUCGACUCAGAACUUGUUCUUUCCAUCGAGAAGCUUCAGGAGAUCCAGGAUGAGCUUGAAAAGAUCAAUGAAGAGGCAAGUGAGAAAGUUUUAGAGGUGGAGCAGAAAUAUAGUGAGAUACGCAAGCCAGUCUAUGAUAAGCGGAAUGACAUCAUUAAAUCCAUUCCUGACUUCUGGUUAACUGCUUUUAUUAGUCAUCCGGCUCUUGGUGAACUUUUGAGUGAAGAGGAUCAAAAGAUAUUUAGGCACUUGAGCUCUCUGGAGGUGGAGGAUUUUAAAGAUGUCAAAUCAGGAUACUCUAUUACAUUUAACUUCAACCCUAAUCCUUAUUUUGAGGAUACCAAACUUACUAAGACUUUCACCUUCCUUGAUGAUGAAGGUUCAGUGAAAAUUACUGCUACAACAAUCAAGUGGAAAGAAGGAAUGGGUUUACCAAAUGGAGUUAAUCAUGAGAAGAAAGGAAACAAGCGGCCAUUUGCUGAAGAAAGUUUCUUUAGCUGGUUUAGUGAUACUCAGGAGAAGGAGACCAUGGACGGCAUGCAUGAUGAUGUUGCAGAGAUCAUCAAAGAGGAUUUAUGGCCCAAUCCUCUUAAUUAUUUCAACAAUGAAGCCGAUGAAGAGUUUGAAGGGGAUGAAGCCGAUGAAGAGGGAAAAGAAGACAAUGACUCUGAUGAUGAUGAGGAUGAUCUAGAAGAUGAUGAUGAUGAAGAUGGUGACGAGGAUGACGACUGAGUUAAUCUUCAGUCGAAUCAAACAGUCACUUGUAUGAGCUUUCUUUGCUUGGGUACCAACAUAUUGUAAAUUUGUCUCUAGUGGUUUCUCUAGUAAAGUGAUGGGGAGGGUGACCAACUUUGACUUUUUUCAUGAUAGUUUUCUUUAUUGUGUAAGCAACAUCCAUAGUCAACAGGCCAUGGUUCACUGUUAUUUAAUUUUAAAGGCCCUUCUAUCA